AUGCAGGACAUCGAGUGUUAUCUUGACUGUCAGGGGGGAGAUGCCUCUCACACGGACGACCCCCAUCACCUGAAAGACGACUGCGUGUUCAACAGUGCACUGGUUCCCUCCGAGAGCCAUGACAGGAAAUGUGUUCAUUCAGUACAAUUCCUGAGGUCUAAUGUAAGCAAUAUUUGUGUUCCUGAGGGAUCACAUUACGGACCUCUUAUAGAUUUCCAGGACUUCGUCAUAAGGAUGAACAGAGGUAGUACCAAAGGCUUUGAAGCAGAUGUUGGGACCAGAACAACUCAUCAUGUCAUAUAUCCAGAGAGUGCUGUGAAUUUAGAGAACAACACACAUCUUGUGUAUUUUCCAUAUAAAAUACGGGAUUUUGUGUGGAUUACGAAGGCCCUCAACACAUCAAUCUCAUAUAAUAAGAGACGACUAAUUAUUAAGUAUGUUCAUGAAGUGUGGCUAAAGAAGAAGGGCUAUUAUCCAUCCACUGGCUUCCUUACUUUGAUUCUUGCUCUGCACAUUUGUGACGAGGUCCAUGUGUUCGGUUAUGGAGCAGACAGUGAUGGAAGUUGGAGACAUUACUGGGAAGAACUCAGAAACAAAAAAUUUAAAACUGGAGUGCAUGCUGGAGAUGUAGAGUAUGCAAAGAUCAAGGAGCUUGCUCAGAAUGAAACAAUCAAGUUUUAUAGGGGUGGUUAACGUUCUCUCAGCAUUUAACGUAUUUAAGCCUCGAUAUUGAAUCACAUCCAGAGCAAAACAAGACUCAGAAGCCUUCAAGAGACGUCUCUUCUCAGACUCACCACCGAGCUGCACACGUUAACCCAACAGCUGUUCUAUUCUGCUGCCUCCGUGUUUUUCUCUGUGAACAUUAAUGAAGUAGUGAGUUCAGGGGAAAUGUAUGUAAAAUUGAAUUGAAAUUUGAAUACAAGAGCUUUUUACAAAACACAGAGCAUCGAUUGUUUCCAGGAACGUUAACAACGUCUUUUCACUGUGUUUAUGAUGUCUUCAUGAAAAAUGGCCUUUGAAGGUCUUUGAAGGUCCUUGGUAGUAGUACUUGUAGCUACAAAUUUGAAACAGACAAUUUUCUUUUUUUACAUGAAAUAUGCAUUUGAAUUCAUGUGCUGCCAAUUCUAAAGUAGUGAUGGAUUGCUUGCCUGUGUAUGAAUAUAUAUAUAGAGAGAGAUUUCUAUCAAGUUUAGUCCUUAAAACUGAUAA